AUGUGCCCGGAGGUAAGCGCAAGAACGGCCGCUAGGACGGACGGACGGACGGAUGGACGGACGGAGGAUGAAAGUCGGCGAGUCCUGGCGGCGGGGCCGGGGCUGCUGCGUGGGGGCGAGGUGGAGGGCCACGCGAGGUCUCCGUGGUGGUUAUUGCUCCUGCGAGGAGAGGCAGCAACCACGGUGAGUGGUGCUUCCUGGAGGCCGUUUUCAAUAGCUUGGUGGUCCCCCUGGGUGCUUUCUGCAUGGCCUAGCCGUCGCUGUCCACAUCUCCUCCCAGCAGGAGUUAAAAAUCUCUUUUUCAUCCCUAGGCAGAGCCAGUUGCCAGACUCUCCACCGGACUCGGGGUCGGAGCCAUGCUCUCCGCCGCAGCUGAAGGCAAGUGUUAAGGACUGUGCUCCUGGAGUGCAAGAAUAUGACAGUGAUGGACAGAAUGCCGCUUUGGACAAAUGCUGCCAAGCUCUAACCUGGCAACCAUAUCAAACUUCCCAGUGGAACAGCUUAUUUAACUCUAAUCAUGAAAAACUACCUGCCAUAGUUUAUCAUAUUGCCACAGACAAAGGAUUUAAUUUUUCAAUAACAGAUGAUGCCUUUGUGUGCCAGAAGAAGAACCAUUUCCAGAUCACAAUCCACAUUAGAAUCCCUGGACAUCCAAAAUAUGUCAAAACUCUCCUCGGGGCAAAGCCAAUAGAAAAGUUUUACUUAAAGGCCUUUGGAAUAAAGGUGGAAGCUCCAAAUCAAACAAUUGCUAUUGAACAGUCUCAGUCAGAUCGAAGCAAAAAAACUUUCCAUCCUGUUAAAAUUGAUCUGCCAGGGGACCAGGUAAUCAAAGUAACGCUGGGAAGGUUGCAUUUUAGUGAAACAACAGCAAAUAAUAUGCGAAAAAAAGGGAAACCUAAUCCUGACCAAAGAUAUUUCAUGCUGGUGGUUGGACUGUAUGCAGUCUCUCAGGACCAAUUCUACUUACUUUCUGCACACGUCUCUGAAAGGAUCAUUGUGAGGGCAUCUAACCCAGGGCAGUUUGAGAAUGACAGUGAUGUACUGUGGCAACGAGGACACGUUCCAGAGACGGUAGUCUAUCAUGGUCGAGUAGGAAUUAACACAGACGCACCAGAUGAAGCGCUGGUUGUCUGCGGAAACGCAAAAGUUAUGGGUAGAGUCAUGCAUCCAUCUGACAGCCGAGCAAAACAGAAUAUCCGAGAGGUUGAUACAAACGAGCAGUUGAGAAGAAUAACGCAAAUGAAGCUGGUGGAGUAUGACUACAAGCCUGAAUUUGCAUCUGUUAUGGGAAUAAGCAAUACUCAUGAAACAGGAAUAAUAGCCCAGGAAGUAAAGGAGCUUUUACCUCAAGCCGUUACAGAAGUUGGAGAUGUUGCUUGUAAUGAUGGAGAAAAAAUAGAAAACUUCCUCAUGGUUGAUAAGGAUCAGAUCUUUAUGGAGAACGUUGGUGCAGUAAAGCAACUUUGUAAGCUGACCAACAACCUUGAAAUCAGAAUAGAAGAACUGGAACAGUGGAAUAGAAAACUGACCAAGCUGAAACGGUUAAGCAGUUUAAAGUCAACAGUCAGUGAAAAGAGUACAGUCAGUAGGUAUAGUAGAGCUACUAGUCUGUUGCCGUCAAGAAAAUCAGUCCUGCUAAAAUCUAGCAAGGUUUGUUUGUCAAAGAAGAAAAAGUCUUGCUCCAAGAUUUUCUGGAUAACUAUCAUAGCUUUAGUUGCUAUUAUGGCACUAUGUGCUCUGACAAUAUCGACCCUUUAUGUGCUUAGCAUGCAUGACAGAUUUUUUGAAAAACAUCCCAUUUCCAGGCAAGGGAAAAGCACAAUUUCUCAGAGUACGCAACCCAUCAGUGGGAUCCCUGAAGUGAAUUUCUGCGACAUUUUGCCAUGUGACAAGGUCUAUUGUUGUCCAAUUCAUGAGUCAGAAUCCAGAUCUCUAAAUUCUGGGGAAACCAACACCAAGGAGGAAGGAAGCAAAAGUAACACAUUACUUGAAAGAAAUUCAAUCAAAAAUCGUAAUAGAAGAUUUGAUCUCGGAGAUGACUGGAUUGAUACAACAAUCAGUUCCAUACAGAUUUUGGAAACUCAGCAAAGCAUUGACAGUCGCUAUUGUAGUAGAAAUCUACAGUGCAGGUCUGGAAAUUACAGCUAUGUUAUUCCCAUUGACAAAUACACACCCACAAAUGUAGAAAUCUCACUGGAAAUCAACACCACAGAACCAUUAAUUGUAUUCCUCUGCAAAGUCACGUUUGGAAAUUAUUGCCCCUAUUAUGCUACAAGCAGAAUCAGUGGGAAGAUUUUCCCAGAAACCACACAGGGAUAUCAGCAUAUUUGGAUUCUCCCUGUAGCUAGGUUGUAUGACAGCGCAUACUAUUUCCGUGUAGCUGUACCGGAUCUUGCAGACUGCUCAACAGAUCUUCAUUAUGCUGGAAUGUUUUUUACUGAUUACUACUUCUAUUUUUAUCGACAGUGUAACUAA